CUUAUAGUACACCAUUUUUCAAUCUCUCUGUGUUCACCACCUCUCUCCCACACUUUUCUCUCUCAUCCAGCAUAUACGUACAUCUAUUCCUCCAGAAUAUAUACAUAUAUAGGAAAUAUAUACAUAGUUGUUUAGUCGCUGUGGUUUUGCAAUGGCGCCGACCUUCAAAGACCUCCAGCUGACGGGGGUUGGUGGCGGCGACCGUGAUUCGUUGGCGAUCGAUGUAGGCGGUGACCUCGAGGACGUUAGACUGCUGGAUUCAUAUGAAGACGGGUAUGAUAAUACUGCUGAUUCAGGUAAAAGCGGACAGGGUUUAGAAGAAGGGGGUAUGAAGAGAAUUCAGGUGAAAGUUACAGGGAUGACUUGUGCAGCGUGUUCGAAUUCCGUUGAAGGAGCUCUUAUGAGUUUAAAUGGCGUCGUAAGUGCUUCUGUCGCCUUGUUGCAGCACAGAGCCGAUGUCGUCUUCGAUCCCAAUUUGGUCAAGGAAGACGAUGUUAAGAAUGCAAUAGAAGAUGCAGGGUUUGAAGCGGAGAUUCUACAGGAAAAGAGUACUUCUGGCACAAAGCCACAAGGAAGUCUCGUAGGGCAGUUCACAAUUGGAGGCAUGACAUGUGCAGCUUGCGUUAAUUCCGUUGAAGGUAUCCUAAGAAAGCUACCUGGUGUCAAAAGAGCCAUUGUUGCCCUUCCAACUUCAUUAGGGGAAGUGGAGUAUGAUCCUUUGGUAAUAAGUAAGGAGGAAAUUGUGAGCGCCAUUGAAGAUGCUGGUUUUGAUGCCACAUUUGUACAGAGUAGCGAGCAGGAUAAGAUUAUAUUGGGUGUUGUUGGGGUAUCAAACGAGUUGGAUGCACAGACAUUGGAAAGCAUAGUUUGCAAUUUGAAAGGAGUUAGAGAAUUUGGUUUUAACCGGGGUUCAAGAGAAUUAGAUGUUCUGUUUGAUACUGAGAUUCUUGGUCCAAGAUCUUUAGUUGAUGCAAUCGUUAGAGAAAGCUCAGGGAGGUUUCAGAUGCAUGUAAAGAACCCGUACACAAGAAUGGUAUCUCAAGAUGAAGAAGAAUCAUCAAAGAUGUAUAGGCUGUUCACAUCCAGUCUUUUCCUGAGUUUUCCAAUCUUUUUGAUGCGAUUCAUAUGCCCACACAUACCGCUUGUUUACGCAUUAUUGCUAUGGAGAUGUGGGCCCUUCCAGAUGGGUGAUUGGCUGAGCUGGAUACUGGUUACUAUUAUUCAGUUUGGUAUUGGGAAACGCUUUUAUGUUGCGGCUUUCAGAGCAUUACGUAACGGUUCAACAAAUAUGGAUGUGUUGGUGGCAUUGGGGACCACAGCAUCAUACUUUUAUUCCGUUUAUGCCCUUCUGUAUGGUGCCAUUACUGGGUUUUGGUCUCCGACUUAUUUUGAGACUAGUGCCAUGUUAAUAACUUUUGUGUUGCUUGGGAAGUAUUUGGAAUCUCUUGCAAAAGGGAAAACAUCAGAUGCUAUAAAGAAGUUGGUGGAGCUAGUGCCCGCAACCGCUUUGCUGCUCCUUAAAGACAAAGGUGGAAAGAACAUCGGAGAAAGGGAAAUAGAUGCAUUGCUGAUUCAGCCGGGUGAUGUAUUAAAAGUUGUUCCAGGUACAAAAGUUCCAGUGGAUGGUGUUGUUGAGUGGGGUUCAAGUCAUGUGAAUGAAAGUAUGGUGACUGGUGAGUCAGCACCUGUUUUGAAGGAGGUUGACUCAUUGGUGAUUGGAGGUACAAUCAAUUUUCAUGGUUUACUCCAUGUCAGGGCAACCAAAAUUGGUUCCGAUACUGUUUUGAGCCAGAUUAUUUCUCUUGUUGAGACUGCACAAAUGUCAAAAGCACCUAUUCAGAAAUUUGCUGAUUAUGUUGCAAGCAUUUUUGUCCCUAUGGUGGUUGGUUUGUCAUUAAUGACGUUGCUAGGGUGGUAUGUGAGCGGAUCACUUGGAGCUUACCCAGAAGAAUGGCUACCUGAAAACGGCAACCACUUUGUAUUCGCUCUUAUGUUUUCGAUAUCAGUUGUUGUAAUUGCAUGUCCGUGUGCACUCGGUUUGGCCACCCCGACUGCUGUCAUGGUUGCAACCGGGGUUGGAGCCAACAACGGUGUUCUCAUCAAAGGGGGUGAUGCAUUGGAAAGGGCCCAGAAGGAAAUGGAUCGUGGAGAUCUCCUCAGAUUAUUAGCUUCUGCUGAGGCAAGUAGCGAACAUCCGUUAGGGAAGGCAAUAGUGGAAUAUGCUCGCCAUUUUCAAUUCUUUGACCCGAAUGCAACAACCAAAGAUUCUCAUAAAAACAAUGAGUCGCUAAUGUCCGGAUGGCUUCUAGAUGUCUCUGAUUUCUCCGCAAUUCCCGGAAGAGGUGUUGGAUGUUAUAUUGAUGGCAAGCAAGUUUUGGUUGGUAACAGAAGUUUGCUGACGGAGAAUGGAAUCACGAUUCCGACCAAUGUUGAAGAUUUUGUGGUUGAGUUAGAAGAAAAUGCAAAGACAGGUAUACUGGUGGCAUGUGAUACACAACUGAUUGGGGUGGUAGGGGUGGCGGAUCCGUUGAAGAGAGAGGCGGCUGUGGUGGUGGAAGGUCUUAAAAAAAUGGGUAUCCGACCUAUCAUGGUUACCGGAGACAAUUGGCGGACUGCUAAGGCUGUGGCCAAGGAGGUGGACAUUGAUGACAUAAGGGCGGAGGUGAUGCCAGCCGGAAAAGCUGAUGUCAUUCGUUCAUUUCAAAAAGACGGCAGCAUAGUGGCGAUGGUGGGAGACGGAAUCAACGAUUCCCCUGCCUUGGCAGCAGCCGACGUUGGAAUCGCAAUCGGAGCAGGAACCGACAUCGCAAUCGAGGCGGCCGAUUACGUUCUAAUGAGAAACAACUUGGAAGAUGUGAUCACAGCCAUUGAUCUCUCGAGAAAGACCUUCACACGUAUCCGAUUAAAUUACGUUUUUGCCAUGGCAUACAACGUGAUCUCGAUUCCGAUUGCAGCCGGAGUUUUCUUUCCGUGGAUAAAGCUCAAGUUGCCACCGUGGGUGGCUGGUGCAUGUAUGGCACUCUCAUCUAGUAGAUUGGAUUGGAUUGGAUGUAAAAACCUAAAAGGCUAA